AUGCGUCUACUUUUCUUGCACGGGUAUCAGCAAUCGCCCUCCAUCAUCCAGGAAGAGACCGGCUUCCUACAGCCGUUGCUGUCGCAGAUUGUGGGGGAGGAUGUUGAAUUUGUGUAUCCGGCGGCACCUUUCCCAUCCACGCCACGGGAUACAGGCGAGCCGACGUACUCGUGGUGGCCCGAGGAUGGAAAUGAGGCGUACCGCAAGACUUUUGCCCAUCUCAGCGACAUUCUGGACCGAGAUGGGCCGUUUGCGGGAGCCGUGGGCUUCAGCCAAGGAGCUACACUGGCUUCCCUCGUGGCAGCCCUACUGGAGAAGCCUCAGGCUGAGCGGCCUGAAGAGUUGACAUCGACCCACGCGCCUUUCCGGUUUGUGCUGAGCUUUAGCGGGUAUCAGGAGGAUGACCCGCGAGUGCAGCAGUACUAUGAGCCCGGCAUCACCACGCCAAUCCUGCACUUCAUCAACUCGACGGAUCCCAUAUUGGCGGAGGAUAGGUGUAUGCGGCUGGUCAAUUCGUGCAUUGACUCGGAUGGGCGUGUGGUGAGCUAUGCGGGCGAAGGCCACCGCGUGCCUGCGACCAAGAAAGCCAAGAUGGCCUUGGGUCGCUUUCUGGAAGACGUUCUGGAACUGUAG